AUGUUAGCACUUACCUCCUCAACGGGCAAGCUGGGCAGUGCAGUCCUUCGCUCACUCUUAGAGCACAAACUGGUUGACCCCCAAAACCUUAUCCUCCUCACAUCCUCUUCCAUUGAUGCUCCUUCUCUCGCCCCUUAUAAAUCUGCCGGGACCCAAGCCCGUUCCAUCAACUACGAGUCCCCUACACCAGAGACGUUUGCCGGGGCUACGAGUAUCCUCGUAGUCUCCACACCCCGCAUAUCUAUGGAUUUCAACAACGCCCCAUUAGGCAGCGGACGAGAAAAACACCACAUCGCAGUCAUAAAUGCUGCAGUUGCGGGAGGGGUCAAACAUAUUUUCUAUACAUCCCUCGCGUUCGGUCCUCAUUCGGAGGCGGGCGUCAUGCGUGCACAUCUCCGCACUGAGGCCUAUCUCUCUUCCCUUCGCGAGAAGGGGAAAGUAAGAGUUACAGUUUUGAGAGAGGGCUUGUAUAAUGAGAGUUGGCCUCUCUACCUGGGCUAUUACGAUCUGAAGAAAGAUCGGGAGAGGGGAGAAAUAGUGCUUGGCGGGGAUGGGAAGAUUUGUUGGACGAGUAUUCCGGAUUUGGGACUUGCUACAGCGUUAGUUAUUUCGGAUGACAAGGCAGGUGAGAAGUAUGAUGGGAAGACGAUGUAUUUGUCGAGUUCGCCCGAUGGUGCGAAAACUUUGCAGGAGAUCGCUGAAUUGGUGGGAAAGGAGAGGGGAGCGGAAUUGACAGUCAAGGUUGUGAGCAGAGAAGAGCAUGUGAGGUAUUAUGUUGAACAGAAAGGAAUGGAGGAGCCGUCUGUAGAGUGGUGGUCAAGUACUUAUCCAGCGUUGGAGAAGGGGGAGUGUAUCAUUCAUGAUACGACUCUGACUGAUCUGUUGAGUACGAAGGGCGUGAAGCCACAGAAAGUAGAGGAGACGGUUAAGGAAAUGUUGGCUGCAUAG